AUGUAUCCUUCCACGGUCAAUCUCCUCUCAUCUCCUCUGUUCGCACAUCACUAUGAGGAUGCCCCGCGCCUCGAGCAUUUGGAGCGUUCAUAUCACCGGGCUCGGUCAGUUGGGCGUCACUACGACGAUAUCCUUCACUCAACCCCGAAGUUCUGGCGCGCUCACAUGGACAACAUAAUUGUUCGAGAUACAACGGCACACAUGCUACUCACUAUCCAGUACAAUCUGGUGGCAGGGACAGUUGCGCCGUUCGCUGUACAGAGACAAGACCUUCGGCCUUUGAUGGAUGAAAUACUGAAUUUUGAUGUCUCGUGCCCUUUUAUGCUUAGUGAACUCGGCCAUGGGUGUGAUGCGCGAAAUAUCGAAACCACAGCUACCUGGCAACCUGACGGCAGCUUCCUUCUCAAUACGCCUACACGUGCUGCAACAAAGUUCAUGCCACCAUCGAUGCCGGUGGCGGGAAUUCGACGAGUCGCCGUAGUCUUUGCGCGCCUCUUGGUGAACGGGGAAGACCGGGGUCUUCGGCCUUUCAUAGUCCCCAUUAACGAUGGGCAUCAGAUGGUCAAAGGAGUCAAGUCGUGGCUCCUCCCCGAGAUUACAGGUGGUAGGCAGCUUGAUCAUGGUCUCACAUCGUUCGAGGGUGUUCAUUUGCCUCCGUCUGCGUUGCUGGGAGACUUAGCAAAGCCGACCAACAUGCGAGAUCACUUUCUUUCUGCCAUUCACCGGCUCAGUACGGGUGCCCUAUGCCUCAGCCUCUGGAUGAUUCCGUUUCUAAAAUGUGCAUCGUUUAUUGUUGGAAAGUACAGUCAGAACCGCACGGUGCAACAGGGAGUCCAUGGAGAACGAGCCCCGAUCAUCUCCUUCAGAACCCAGCAACUUCCAGUACUACAUGCGUUAGCCCAGGUGGCCGUCAUGGAAACUUUCGCGCUGUGGGUGACUGAACAGUACAACAAUCCUUCCCUUCAUCCGGCAGCUAAACAUGGACUUGGGGUGAUUGUGAAGGCUGUAUUUCUACAGAACUCACAGGGAAGUUUGAGUGACUUGAUUGAACGGAGUGGUGCGCAGGGAAUGUGCCCUCACAAUCAGCUGGGAACAUUCGAGGCCUCGCUACUGAGCUACUACUGGGACGGUAUAGCCUUCCAGCAGCCCAAAGGCCUGAUUGCCUUUUGGCGAAGCACGAGGCAGGGUUUGUCGCGGAACUGGUAG